AUGGCGGCCCCAGCGACGCUCUCCACGUUUGAUACAGCGCAUGCAGGAUGCCUCCACAGCGUUGAGUUUGAUUUUUUCGCGACGCGGCUCGCCACCGCGUCCUCCGACCGCACGAUUCGGUUGUGGAGUGUCUCCACGGCUCCUGAGCGCGCCGACGGCUGCCCCGCCGCCGGCGAAGUCGCGCCCAAGACCACGACGUUCCUCCAGGAGCUCCGCGGCCACGAGGGCCCUGUGUGGCAGGUGCGUUGGGCGCAUCCGUCGUUCGGCGCCAUCCUCGCGUCGUGCGGCUACGACCGCCGCAUCGUUGUCUGGCAGCAGCGGCCGGGGGCCGGAGGCGCGCAGGGGGGUCGCUUUUCGGCGGGCGCUGCAGGCGCGCAGCCGGGGGCGUUUGCGCCGAUCUACACGAACGACGAGCAUGCGUCGUCGGUCAACUCGAUCGACUUCUGUCCCGCCGAGCUGGGGCUCCACCUCGCGGCCGGCAGCAGCGACGGCUCCGUCUCCGUGAUGUCCCUCGCGGACCCCUCCGCCCUCGCCCAAGGAGCCGGCGCGCCCGUCUACUGGAGCCGCAAGGCCUUCGCCGCCCACUUCAACGGCGUCAACAGCGUUGCCUGGGCCCCCGUGCGGCCCGGCGCCGCUAAGGAGCUGAUGCUGGCGACCGGUGGAUGCGACAGCCAAGUUCGCCUCUGGGGAAUCGACCCCCAGACGCAGGAGUGGCGGCAGCUGCACCAGCUGACGGGAACGGAGGCGCACACGGACUGGGUGCGGGAUGUGGCCUUCCAGCCUGCGGCCGCGUCGUCGCUUCUCGCGAGUUCCUCCCUCCUGCUCGCCUCAUGUAGCGAAGACUGCACUGUGAAGCUGUGGGUCGGCGAGCUCUCGUCCUCCUCCCCCUCGUCCUCCUUCCCCUCGUCGUACACGUGGACGCUUCGGCAGACGCUUCGUCUGAACGCGCCGGUGUGGAGGGUGUCCUGGAGCGUCUCGGGCACCGUCCUCUCGGCGGCCUGCGGAGAAAAGGACGUCUUCCUUUUCCGCGAGACGGUCGGCGGGCAGUGGGAGAAAGUCUCCCGCCUCGUGGGACCCGACGCCGUCGCCCCCGCCCCAGCUGUGGCCCCCGCCGUCGCCGUCGCCCCCCAGCAAGGAGUUCCCGCGCCCGCACCGGGCCUCGCGCCGCCGCCGCCCCAGCUCGGGGUUCAGCCGCUCACCCCAGUCCCAGCCCCACUCGCCUCUCCUCAUGGGCCGAUUCAGCCGCCGAUGUCCGCCGCGCAUUUGGCGCCGCCCCCUGCCGCGGGAGCUGGAGACCCGCCUGUCCCUGCCCCCGGCGCUCCCCACAGCGGCAUGCCCGCUCCGGGAGUCGCUUCAGCAGGCGUUCUCGCGCCCUUCGGGCAGCCCCCUGCCCCCGGUAGCUUCUAUCCUCCGCCCGCCGCACCCGCAGGACCCGCUGCACAGAGCUACCCGCCCCCAGCGGCUCCCCAAGGCGUCUACCCGCCGCCCACCCAUCCUCAAAACUCGCGCUACCCGGCUCCGGCCAGCAGCCAGGGCCCGGUUGCCCCCCCGGCGUUCGGUGCGCCGCCCCCGAUGGGCGCACCUGCCCCCACGCAGCCCUUCUACGGCGCCGGGGCCCCGCCGGCCCGUCCGCCCGCCGACGCCUUCCAGGGGGUUCCAGCCCCUGGUGGAGACCCGCGGGUUUUCUACCCCGGUGGAGCCCAACCUGGGGGUGUGGCGCCGCCGCCCGCAGGCAUGUUCGUCCGCCCCCCCCCUAUGGGCGCCCCCGGCGUGACGCCGCAGCCAGGCUACUCGGCGAGGCCGCAGCUCUACACGCCCUACAAAGCGAAUUGA